UGGAAACCCUGAUUCAUUUCAAUGGUUAGAAAGGGCAAUGAAAAUAGUUUGAUUUCAAUGUGUAAAUAAAUGUAUUGUAUAUGAAAAAAUAUACAAUAAAAAUAUAUGCACUAUAUAUAAAAUUUAUAAAAUUUGAGUCAUAAAAUUCUAUAAUCUUAGCAAAUACAUAUGAUGAUAAACAAUGAUUUACAGCUGGUAUAAGAUACUAAUUAGUUUUUGGUUUUCUUUUUAAAAAAUUACAAAAUGUGAAAAACGAUUGUCUCCCAUUUAUAACAGGAUAUAUUCACUGACACAAAAAUGUGAUGAAAAAAGUAUAGUGAAUUGUAUGAGGAGAUCUUGAAGUUCAUAACAAAUCAUUUGGACUCAUUCUAUCAUUUCUGUGGCUUUUGCUUUGGUUAAGUAUCAGUUUAACAGGAUUUUACAUGUCUUAGGUUUGACCAAGUCUGAUUUUCCACCCCACUCCCAGUACUCCCACUACUACCUCCCACCACUCUGAACAUGAAGGUUGAAGUUUAUAAAAGGCUUGUGUAUGGCUGCAUCUUCUUACUAUUGGCUGCCAUCAUCUUCAUGACAUAUUUCAAGGCCAUCCUGGAGAAUAACGUGAUGGACUCUAUCGAUAUCCCAAGAGCAAGCAAUGUCACUGUGCCCGUUAACGUGCAGUGUGGAUUCUGCAAGUUAAAAUCACUGUCUGCUAAAGAGGCUCAUGAAGAAAAACUUCUACUGGAGUCCAUCACUUGGCCUCAAACUCCACCAUUGUCAUCACCUAAUUCCCUAAGCAAGAUCAGUGAUCCAGCCCACAGCAGCUUCAUCAUUCUACCAAGUAGGAAGGGGGGACAGUGGCAAAUGGGAGAUAAGCUGGAGGUUUUGAUUCAAAUGUGUGACUCCCAGGGCCAUCCAAAGACUUAUGGGGGAGACGUCUUAUUUGCCCGUCUGUCCAACACAGCUCUUGGUGCAGGAGUGGCAGGGCAAGUGAAGGAUUAUCUUAAUGGCGCCUACUCUGCUGCAUUCACUUUACUGUGGGAAGGAAGUGCAUAUGUUGAGCAACCUGUGUGCAACUACACUGAUCUCCGUACAGGUGAGCCAUGGUUGUGCUACAAGCCAAAGGAGCUGAGCUGUGAUGACAGGAUCAACAACUUCAAUGGAGGAUAUGAAGAAAAAAUUAGCACCAUGGACAAACUUUUUAAGAGUGGUAUCAACAUGAAAGUGUCCAUUCCAGCUUCAGGACCUGCCUGA